UGCUUUGUUUCCCUUAGCUUCUAUAUAUUAUUUCUUUUUGGUGGUCUCUGAUUUUGGGCUGAUUUCGUUGAUGUUGUUGUUUUGGAGUCCCGGUUUUGUGAUUUUUCUAAGAUAUUACGUUUUUUUGUGAGUAUUUAUCUCGGUAUACGCAUUCUCCCUGUGAAAAAUAUUUUCCAGCAACAAUAAAAACUCUCAGAUACUUGAAAGAUACCAUAGGCCUUUGUAUUUUAUUUAAAAGUGCAAAGAAUAGAGAUGCAAAAUUAGGCCAAGUAGAUCAAAAUCAGGUUUCAUUUUAGUCUAGAAGUUAAACAAUCCAAUGAACUGAUUCUGGUUCAUCGUUCAUAUAAUGAUCAGCUUGUCGAUUUGCUUAUUAAGGCCUUUGCCUAAGGAAAGGUUUGAAAUUCUCAGACUUUUACAUUGGUGUUUGCCACAGAAUGUUAAAUAACCGGCUUUAUUUCCUUAGCUUCUAUAUGUUAUUUCUUUUUGGUGGUCUCUGAUUUUGGGCUGAUUUCCUUGAUGUUGUUGUUUUGGAGUCCCUGCUUUGUGAUUUUUCUACGCUUCGCUUGUCGGACCUUAUAUUAACAGGUUUAGACAAUAAUAUAUACUUUGUAAAUAAGGAAUCCAUUCUUUCAGUUUUUGUAUGGAAGAUUUCUGUUCUUGUAAUAUUCUGUCCGAGUAGUCUUAGCAUUUUACUAUCGUCGGGAGAAGAUGAAAUUAACGGAUGACAGUAAAAUGAGAAGGUAGAGUAAUGUGGAAAAUGAUGGAGUAGCAGAGAAAACGGAAAAAGAAAGUAAAAUGAAAGAGAUAAGAGGGAGCUACUGCAAUACUUAAGAACUUUUCUUUUUAUUACCUAUAUCAGAUGAAGUUUUAUCUGCUUGUUACUAACUUGAUUCGACCACUAAAUAAGUACAAACAGAGGAGGUUGUGACAUGCUUCAUUCGAAAUAGAUAAAAAUGUAGUAGCUUUUCUUAGAUUGCUGCACACAUCUUCUUCUAUGUAUUCAUUUUUAUAUCUUUAUCACAACAAUGAAAAUUAUUUCCAACCUCAUAUGUUGUUGAAUUGCCAUUUAUAUUUGUAGCUUUCAACUGCAGCCUUUAUACAAGAUUGUUUGUCAUCGUGCUUCGACUGUGCACUUUCUUACAAAAUGUUUGAAUUAUGUGAUUUCUUUUUGGAUGUGCGGGCAUAUACAAAGUCGUCGACUAUAAAAGGAACAUAGAGUGAAAUUUUUUUACUUCGGCUUCAAGUGGAACAUGGACUAAAAAAAAAAAUUGCAUCUUACAUCACAACAAAUAUGAUUUCUUGUGACAACUUGGUUGAUUUGGUGAAGACGAGAUAAUAAAUCACUGCACCAUCUAUUGUUCGCCAGUAUUGACGACAAGUAAGUAACUUAGCGUUUUCAGUAAGUUGAUUACUUGACUAGUUUUUUGAUGCUCCAAAUCUCAGUUCUAAUAAAGUUAUUCUUCGUUAUCUGUGAUUGUUUCGUUAUUAUUGCUUUCCAUGGAUUUCUAAUAUUUAGAAUGCUUACUGUUACUACAUAGGUCAGUGGAAUACAAAGCAAAAACUUAUUCACUGACUUUUGUACUUGGAAAAAAAUAUAGCAACAAAGAUAUGGAUCGGAAUAAAACAACCGACCAGAUGCAGGUUAAUGAAAAGGAUGUACAACUAUUAGAAAAACAGCUAAAAAGAAAACGGUCGAAACGCCAAUGUAUUCCUACGAACCCCACAACUGUAGAAUCAGUUGAGCCGUCAGCUUCAUUUCGAAAAGAACCAGCUGAUUAUGAUGAGCAAAAUAGCCUUGCAGCAGCGAGACGCCAUGAAAAUUUAAAAUCAGGUUAGGGGUGGCCAAAAUAUAUUGCCUCAACUCAUACGUGCGCAGAUAUAAAACGAUAUAGCGCACACAUAGUACUUUUCUCAACUGUCUGCCUUUCUUUGCUUUGCAUUCCUACUGACUAAAAUUAUUUACGUUUCACCUCUGAUAGCAACUACUGAACAUGAUGUCUGUUCUAUCAUAAAUACUUGUCACGACGAAAGUACUAUUGUUCGCCCAUCUUCUGUUUUUGAGAAAGGCUCAACAUCGCGUACCUGUAAUGACCAACAUAAUAUACCAUCUCAAACAAUUAAAGGUUUAGACCAACGGGUAUAUAAUCUUCCUACUGCAUCCGAAGUUGCUGCUAUAUGGAUUGAACAAGAUAAUAAUAGUGUUACUCACACACCUCACAUUCGAAUUUACACACAUAAUAAUAGAUCACAAUUAGUGAAUUAUUAUUACGGAUGUUAUGAUGCUCUGCAGUAUCCACUGAUAUUUCCUUAUGGACAAAAUGGAUAGCAUUGUGGAAUAAAAAAAAUUGGAAAGCUUGAGAGGAGUAGUGGACAAUAUUUUCAUACUCAACUUGACAAAUUACCCAGUAUAAAAAAUGUAUCUUCAAUUGAUGGAUAUCUUUACAUUGAAAACAAAAUCUUGCAAAAGGGGAAAAAAAGGCGGGAUACAGUUUCCGUUCGUGAAUAUUACUGUUACAAACUUCAAAUAAGAAACGAUGAUGAAGAUGAAAUUUUACACACUGGUAGAGUAUUUCAGCAGUAUUCAGUAGAUGGAUACAUAAAACUUGAGACCCAAAGGUUAGAUUUCAUUUCCUUCAACCAAGAUUUAUUCAGAACGGAUGUAUUGCAAGGGUUGCGUGACAUUUUAAGGCUGGGGGAACGAAAUGCUUCUAAUGUUGGAAAACAAAGAUUCCUUCCUGCUUCUUUUAUAGGGGGACCGCGUGAUAUGCGACAACAAUAAAUGGAUGCUAUUGCAUUAGUACAACAUUUUGGUAAACCAGAUUUGUUUUUGACUAUGACUUGUAAUCCGGCUUGGCCCGAAAUAAAAGAACAUCUCUUGUCAACUGACGAAGCACAAAAUAGACCUGAUUUAAUUAGUCGCGUAUUCCGAGCUAAAAUUGCAGAACUCAAAACAGAUAUAAGCAAGCGAAAUAUCUUCGGAAAAGUUGCUGCUUAUAUGUACACAAUAGAAUUUCAAAAACGGGGAUUACCGCAUGCACAUUUUUUUAUUAUAUUAGCUAAUGAAUACAAGUUGAUAACACCUGAGGCGUAUAACAGUAUAAUUAGUGCCGAAUUACCUGACGAAGUUAAAGAACCGGAUUUAUACCAACGUGUUCUUAAACAUAUGAUGCAUGGACCUUGUGGUGAUCUAGAUUCAACGAACUCAUGCAUGAAAAAAAAGGGUUAUUGUAAAUUUAGCUAUCCAAAGCAAUUUGCUGAUCAGACAUUAAAAGGAAAAGAUGCAUGCUCAAUCUACAAAAGGAGAAAUACUGGAAAGAUGGUAAAGAUAAGAGAAAAACCAUUAGACAAUUCUUGGGUUGUUCCAUACAAUCCAUUCUUGCUUGGCAAAUUUAAUUGUCAUAUGAAUGUUGAAGUUUGCUCAGAUAUUAAAGUUGUUAAAUAUCUGUACAAAUACAUUUGCAAAGGACAUGACAAAAUAGCUUUUGCCGUAAAUAAUAAUGAUGUGAACGUAGAAAUAGAUGAAAUAAAAGAAUAUCAAUCUGCAAGAUGGGUAUCACCGCCGGAAGCUACAUGGCGUUUGUUUGGAUUUCCCAUUAGCGAAAUGAACCCAAGUGUCUUGCAGCUUCAGCUACAUCUGAAAGGACAACAAUUUGUGUCCUUCAAAAGUAAUGCUGAUAUAAAUACUAUCCUUAAUAAUCCCAUGAUUAAGAUGACAAUGUUAACUGAAUUUUUUUUAUAUGAGUACAUCGAAUGAUGAUGCUAUACGACUGAAUCUAUUAUAUAGAGAAUUUCCCGAACAUUUUGUAUGGU